CGGCUGCGAAGUGGUGGAGGAAGCUGAGACCCUGGGUGCGGGAAGGGGUGGAGGGAUUAGGUGUCGUGACUGAAGGGGCCGGAAUCCUCCGAGGAGGGACUGCACUGGUGCGCGGGGACGACCGAAUGGCCAGUGCAGUCAGUCCUCCUUUCCUCCGGCUCCGGGAAAGUCUGGUUUUACCCGAGCACAACAGAUUUUUUUCUAGGUAUAUGAUUGAAGUUUAAUGAGAAGAAUCGUGACCAGCUAGGAGAAUUUUUUGCAAGGAAUGGAAUUAGCUCAUAGCUUAUUGCUGAAUGAAGAAGCAUACAAUCAGCUAGGUGAAGUUCAGAAGGCAGAGUUUAUUUUCGAUUGGUUGAGAUAUUUGGAGAAGCUCUUGCUGGCGACCAGCAGGAAUGAUGUAAAGGAGAAACAGAAGACUCUUGUUGAACAGCUCCUAUCUUUGUUGAACAGCUCCCCAGGCCCUCCUACCCGCAAACUCCUUGCUAAAAAUCUAGGCGUUCUUUAUAGUAUUGGUGACACAUUCUCUGUUUAUGAGACAAUCGAUAAAUGUAAUGAUCUUAUUCGUAGCAAAGAUGAUUCUCCAAGUUAUCUUCCCACAAAGCUUGCUGCAGUGGUAUGUUUGGGUUCCUUGUACAAGAAAUUGGGUAGAAUGCUGGUUAACACCUUUACCGGUACAGUGGGGAAUAUUCUUAAAGCUAUGAAGAGUGCAGAGUCUCAAGGUCGAUAUGAGAUUAUGUUGAGUUUGCAGAAUAUAUUGAAUGGACUAGGAGCUGCUGCUACGCCUUGCCACAGGGAUGUUUAUAAAGCUGCUAAAUCCUGCUUAACAGAUAGAUCCAUGGCUGUUCGUUGUGCUGCUGCAAAGUGUCUCCUUGAACUUCAGAAAGAGGCCAUCUUUAUGUGGAGUACAGACCUGGAUAGUGUGGCCACACUAUGUUUUAAGUCCUUUGAAGGUUCCAAUUAUGAUGUGCGGAUUUCAGUUUCAAAGCUACUAGGCACAGUGUUGGCUAAAGCUAUAAUUUCUAAACAUCCAGGAGCAGCAGUCUCACGUCAAAGCAUUCGCAGAGUAUCUCUGGAGGAAGUUCUGGAAUUACUAGGAACAGGGUUUCUACGUGGGAGUUCAGGAUUUCUUCGAGCCAGUGGAGAUAUGCUGAAAGGAACCAGUUCAGUCAGUAGGGAUGUUCGAGUUGGAGUUACUCAGGCUUAUGUGGUAUUUGUUUCAACAUUAGGAGGAACAUGGCUAGAGAAAAAUUUUGCUGCCUUUCUUUCUCAUAUCCUAAGCCUUGUGUCACAGUCACACCCUAAAGCCACCCAAACUCAGACUGAUGCUGUCUGCGGUCGCCGUUGUGUUUCAUUUAUCCUUCGAGCUACUAUAGGAGGUCUUCUUGGAGAAAAGGCUCAAAUUGCUGCUGCCAAGGAUAUUUGCCAGGCUAUCUGGAAGUUAAAGAAAGUCGUGGAUGCUGUGAUGAAUGACGGUAAUGUGGAAACCCGGGUUGGCUCCACAGAUGUAACAGCCAGCCAGCAUAUGCUGGUGUGUGCUUUACAAGAGCUUGGAAAUCUCUUAUACAGUCUUGGCACCACAGUUGCACCUUUACUGCAGGAUUCAAGUGCAGGUAUUCUUGACAGUGUCAUUUCAGUUAUUCAGCAUCCUAGCAUUUCUGUUCGACUAGCAGCAGCUUGGUGUUUACACUGCAUUGCUGUGGCAUUACCUUCUUACCUAACACCUCUUUUAGACCGUUGCCUGGAACGGCUUACUGUACUUAAGUCUUCACCUGAAGCAGUGACUGGCUUUAGUUUUGCUGUGGCAGCUUUGUUGGGAGCAGUGAAACAUUGUCCUUUAGGAAUUCCUCAUGGAAAGGGCAAGAUUAUUAUGACAUUAGCGGAGGAUUUGCUCUGCUCAGCUGUACAAAACAGUCGUCUUUCAGCUCAGCGCACACAAGCUGGAUGGUUGUUGAUUGCAGCUCUGAUGACAUUAGGUCCUGCGGUUGUCAGUCAUCACCUUGCUCGAGUUCUGCUGUUGUGGAAGUGUGUCUUUCCAGUGUCUCCUAAAGAUCUGGAAACAGAAAAAAGCCGGGGAGAUUCAUUUACAUGGCAGGUAACCUUGGAAGGACGAGCUGGUGCACUCUGUGCUAUCAAGAGUUUUGUUUCCCACUGUGGUGAUCUCCUUACUGAGGAAGUAAUUCAGCGUCUUCUUCCACCACUUCCUUGUGCUGUGGAUUUGCUAACUCAGCUUUCUUCAGUGCUAAAAACAUAUGGAAGCACUUUGAAAACACCAUCAGUAGUUUAUAGGCAAAGGCUUUAUGAAUUACUGAUUUUAUUACCUCCUGAAACCUAUGAAGGGUUUCCUUCUACAUUGAUGAUCUACUGUACGCAUUCUGUUUCGCUGUUUCAUUCUUCGCUGUGCCCAAACAAAAGUUUAAUACUGAACUAUCAAGGAAACCUUUGUGCUGUCCUCAAAGAGCUGGCUGCUGACCUGACUGCCUCUGAUAUACAGGUGGCAGCAUCGGCAUUUUUACUUCCACCCCUCUGUCAUCAGGAUGAUCUUGUGAUAUUAAGUCCUCUGCUACAAGAGACUGACCAUAGAUUUAUCGAAGAACAGCUCCUGCUUGGUAAUGGUAUUGCUUGUGGAAGUUUGGAGUAUGACCCUUACUCUAUUUAUGAGAAAGAUGUAGAGGGAGAUUCAGUGCCUAAGCCCCUACCUCCAAUACUAUCAGUUAUUAGCUCUGCAGUCAAGCUCUUUGGAGUUGUAUGUGCUCAUGUGGGAGAAGCCCAAAGGCUUUUUAUACUGGAACAGCUUUUGGACACUAUAAAGCACUCAAAAGGAGCUCGUCAACAAAUAGUUCAGUUACAUGUUGUUUCUUCACUCUCUAGUUUCUUGAAGUACUUAGCUGUCUCCAAGGGAAAUUUGGGUCCAGAAGAAAUGAGAAGACCUGCCCUAGCAUUGGUGAUGGGAGCCCUAGAAAGUCCCAACCCCCUCUUGAGAUGUGCAGCUGCAGAGGCAUGGGCUAGAUUAGCCCAAGUGGUUGAUGAUGGAGCUUUUACUGCUGCAUUAGCUCAAGUCAGCUUUGACAAAUUGAAAUCAGCAAGGGAUGUGGUUACCAGAGCAGGAUACUCAUUGGCUUUGGGAUCCCUACAUAGAUAUUUAGGAGGAAUAAGUUCUUCUCAACAUUUGAAUUCUUGUGUUGGAAUCCUUUAUACUUUGUCUCAGGACACUACUUCCCCUGAUGUGCAGACCUGGGCACUACAUUCGCUAUCAUUGAUAAUUGAUUCUGCCGGCCCACUCUAUCAUAUGCAGGUGGAACCCACCCUUUCUCUUAUUAUAAUGUUAUUGUUAAAUGUGCCUCCUACUCAUGCUGAAGUUCACCAAAGUCUUGGUCGCUGUUUGAAUGCCCUUAUUACUACAUUGGGUCCAGAGCUACAGGGUAAUAGUACUUCCAUUUCCACCUUAAGAACUUCCUGUCUUUUGGGUUGUGCAGUGAUGCAAGAUAAUCCAGACUGCCUUGUUCAAGCUCAGGCCAUUUCUUGCCUUCAGCAGCUUCAUAUGUUUGCUCCAAGACAUGUCAACCUGUCUAACUUGGUCAGCUGCCUCUGUGAGAUCUUGUUGGAUAAUUCUGUGUUGGUGAAUCUUUGUAGUCCCUAUUUGUUAUUGAGAAGAGCAGUCCUGGCUUGUUUACGUCAGCUUGUACAGAGAGAAGCAGCUGAAGUUUCAGAACAUGCUGUUAUGCUUGCUAAGGAUAGCAGAGAAGAGUUGACUCCAGAUGCUAACAUCAGAGAAGUGGGCCUUGAAGGGGCAUUAUUGACCUUACUAGAUAAAGAGACAGAUCAGAAGUUAUGCCAUGAUAUCAAAGAGACUUUAAAUCAUAUGCUUACAUCUAUGGCAGUGGAUAAGCUCUCCUUCUGGUUAAAGCUUUGUAAAGAUGUACUUGCUGCAUCAGCGGAUUUUACAACUGUAACUUGUGUGGAUACAAUGCAAGAAGAGGAAGGAGAUAAAGGGGAUGAUGCCUCAGUUCUGACCACCAGAAAUGAUGAUAAAUCAUAUCCAUAUACCAAUCCCCGCUGGGCUACUAGAGUCUUUGCUGCCGAGUGUGUCUGUAGGAUAAUUAACCAGUGUGAGAAUGCACACAGCGCACAUUUUGACAUUGCUUUAGCACAAGAAAUGAAAAAAAGGGAUUCAAGAAAUGACUUUUUGGUGCUACAUCUUGCUGACUUAAUUCGCAUGGCCUUUAUGGCUGCCACGGAUCACAGUGACCAGCUCCGUCUUUCUGGCCUUGAAACACUGUUAGUUGUUAUUCGGCGAUUUGCAGCUAUUCCAGAACCGGAGUUUCCAGGUCAUGUGAUUCUGGAACAGUAUCAAGCCAAUGUAGGAGCGGCACUUAGGCCAGCCUUCACUUCGGAGACGCCACCUGAUGUCACUGCCAAAGCAUGUCAGGUUUGCAGUGCUUGGAUAGCAAGUGGAGUUGUAAGUGACCUUAAUGAUCUCCGAAGAGUUCAUCAGUUGCUUGUUUCAUCAUUAACAAAAAUACAGGCUGGAAAAGAGGCUCUGAGUCACUUAUAUAAUGAAAGUGCCUCUACCAUGGAAAUAUUAGCUGUGCUGAAAGCCUGGGCAGAGGUCUACAUAAUUGCUGUAGAAAGACAUAAAAGCCACAGACAACCUUUGAAGACUACCACCUGUUCAGAAGAGAGUGUCAGAAAUGGGUCGUAUUCGUCAGAUGGACUGCUUGACUUAGUCCACACAGACCUGGGGACAUUGAGUAGGCUCUGGCUUGCUGCGCUUCAGGAUUUUGCUCUCUUAACGUUGCCUUCAGAAUUUGCCUCCCAACUUCCUGUUGAAGGUGGUGCUUUCUACACAGCAGAGACUAGUGAAAAUGCAAAAUUGCAUUAUUACAGUUCCUGGGCACUUAUCCUGCAUGCUACAGCAUUGUGGCUUACCACCACAGGCUUUGUUGUUGCUGACCCAGAUGAAGGAGCAUCUCAUCUCUCAAGACCUGUAACACCAACUUCCAUGUGUCAGGGUUCAUCAUCUGGGGCUACGGUAAAGUCCCCUGAGGAUGUCUGCACUGAUCGAUUCCAUCUUAUUUUAGGGAUCAGUGUGGAAUUUCUCUGUUCCUUACGAUCAGAUGCAACCAUGGAAAGCAUUACUGCUUGUUUACAUGCAUUACAGGCCCUUCUAGAUGUUCCUUGGCCCAGAUCUAAAAUUGGCAGUGACCAGGACUUGGGCAUCGAAUUGUUGAAUGUACUACAUCGAGUAAUUUUGACCCGAGAAUCACCUUCUAUUCAAUUGGCUUCACUUGAAGUGGUAAGACAGAUUAUCUGUGCAGCUCAGGAACAUGUCAAGGAGAAAAGACGAAGUGCAGAAGUUGAUGAUGGGGCUGCCGAAAAGGAAACCCUGCCAGAGUUUGGAGAGGGCAAGGACACAGGAGGACUUGUGCCUGGGAAAUCUUUGGUUUUUGCAACACUGGAAUUGUGUGUAUGCAUUCUAGUUAGACAGCUUCCAGAACUAAAUCCUAAAUUGACAGGUAGCCCAGGAGUAAAAGCUACGAAGCCACAGGUGCUGUCGGAAGAUGGAAGUAGAUUGGUGUCAGCUGCGUUAGUCAUCCUCUCUGAACUUCCUGCUGUGUGCUCUCCUGAAGGAAGCAUAUCAAUUCUCCCUACUAUAUUGUACCUUACAAUUGGGGUCCUCAGAGAAACUGCUGUGAAGUUACCUGGGGGCCAGUUAUCUUCAACUGUUGCAGCUUCCCUACAGGCUCUGAAAGGAAUAUUGUCUUCUCCCAUGGCCAGAGCAGAAAAGAGUCACACUGCUUGGACUGACCUCCUCCGUAGUGCUUUAACAACAAUACUUGACUGUUGGGAUCCAGUAGAUGGAACACAUCAAGAACUUGAUGAAAUCAGUCUCCUUACUGCUGUCACAGUAUUUAUUUUAUCUACCAGUCCAGAAGUUACUACCAUCCCAUGCCUUCAGAAGCGCUGUAUUGAGAAAUUUAAGGCUACUCUUGAGAUAAAAGAUCCUGUGGUACAAAUCAAGACCUAUCAGCUCCUACUUUCCAUUUUUCAGUAUCCAAAUCCAGCUGUUUCCUACCCGUACAUUUACUCUUUAGUAUCCUCUAUUGUGGAAAAACUACAGGAAAUAGACAAGAGAAAGCCUGAAGACACUACUGAACUUCAGAUCUUUCAAGAAGGCAUAAAGGUCUUGGAAGCACUGGUAGCCAUUGCAGAAGAACAGCACCGUUCUCAGCUGGUGGCCUGUCUUCUGCCCAUCCUCAUUUCCUUCCUUUUGGAUGAUAAUGCUCUGGGAUCAGCAACUUCCGUAAUGAAAAAUUUACAUGACUUUGCUUUGCAAAAUCUCAUGCAGAUUGGGCCUCAGUAUUCAUCAGUUUUUAAAAAUGUAAUGGCUUCUUCUCCAGCCCUGAAAGCCCGCCUUGAGGCUGCUAUCAGGGGCAACCAGGAAAAUGUCCAAGUCAAGAUACCAACAUCUAAACAUACUAAGAACCCUGGAAAGAAUGUAAGCAUCCAAUUAAAGACCAAUUUCCUCUGAUUUUCUUGUUUUAAUAGUAAGCACCUUAAUAAAGUACUUGAUUAUUUCCUUCUCUUUGGGGACAAAAGUGACAUUUUAGACACAAGUGCACUUGGAGGUCUGGUUGAUUGUCUUAAAUAGCUGUGACUUUUUGAAGUAAUAUCAAACUUAACAUUUUUUGUGGGUUUUUAUUUUUAUUUUUUUUCAAUUUAAUAAAACCACAGAGCUCUUGCCGGGAAUUUCAAGAAAGUGCUAAAGAAUUGGAACUUACUAAACAAUCCAUUCCUUUAGAAAUGAAAUGGAUUUCUUCUGACAGUCCAUACACACACGGUAUACUUAAUACUUUGGUGUAGAUAUAGAUUUGACUUUAAAUUAUCUGCAUUUAUAUUGUAUCCCAAUUGCUAAUUUAAAAUUCUGCCUUAUUCAGUAAUUAAACUUUCUGGAUUUCUCAAACAACAUAAAUGAUUGGAAACAUAUUUAGGAAACUUGGUUCAGAAUUAUCCAAUAUAUAGUAGUACAAGUUAAUUACAGCCCUACAGUGUGACUUAAGAUCUGGUGUCUAUAAAUAUCAUGGCUUUUCACCACCUUUUGUUUUGGUUUGUAUUUGGUUCACAGAAUGGAAAUUUUACUUAUUUUAAAUAGAGUAGGGUAUCUCCAGUUUCUCACAUGGAUUUUCUGUUACCUCUGCUCCCCUCAAUUUUGUUUAUUUUCAUUUAUGACAGACAUUCAUAUUAAUGAGUUUACAGAUUCAUAUCUAUAUUUAGGUCAACUAUGGGUUUAUAUAAAACAACAAAUUUAGAUCAUCAACGAAUGCAAGUAUGUUCUUUUAUCAUGAAACAUAUUUUAAUAUAGAAAAAAAUCUAAUGAUAGAGUCAUAUUGGUUGAAAAAAUAUUUUUUAACUGCUGGUAAUCACUGACUCUCCUUCCACUUCAGUGUUAUAUGUAUUAAUCAAGCACUAUGUCACAACAUAGCAUUUCCCUGUUAAAAAAUUAAAAACUGGAGUGAUAGGGGCAUGUUCAGAAUUGAGAAAAUACUUUGAGUCAAGCAGGAACAAUGUGAUCAGUACUCUCUUUUAUUAUGUUUGUAUAUAAAUACUCUUGUAAAUUGUUCAAAAUGAAAACACUUGACAAAAUCUAACACUACAAUCAAUUUUUUUUAAUUUACAUAAAUAAAGCUAAUUUUCUUUAUCAUUCCUUGUAUUUGAGAUUAUUUUGCCCACAAAAUAUGGCUGGUUAGUCUCACAGAUUCCAGAAAAUCAAUUCUGUGGAGCAAAUAAUAUCCCUUCUAUGUGACUUGGCAUUUUUCUCAGAGGAUCCCUUUCUUUGGAGUGUUCUUUGCAAUAGUUUGGAUUCACUGUCUUCAUAAUUGUCUCUUCCUAAUUGUCUCUUCCUAAUUGUCACUUCUGUUUCCUUCACCUGACUGCCCUUCUCUCUGUUGUAUCUGGCAGACUCUCAUUCCUUGUAAGCUUGGUUUAAAUGUCACUUCCCCUUGUUAACUCUCCUUAACACUUCUUACCCUCCUCUUAACACUAAGCAAAAUUUUUUUUUAAGAUUUCCUUUAUUUGUGUGAUAGAGAGCGCGCGCGUGAGCAGAAGCAGGGGGAGCUGCAGGCAGAGGGAAAGGCACGAAGUGGGACUUGAUCCGGGGACCCUCGGAUCAUGACUUCAUGAUUAACAACUGAGCCCCAGGAGUCCCUACAGGUGUCCCUACACUAUGCAAAUUUAACUGCUUCCUCACCAGUGUCCCUGGAGUGCUUUACACAUUCUUCUAUGCAUGGAACAUCACACUGCAUUUCAAUAUCUCCCUUUUAGACCACCUUCUGAAGGGAGGAAUUUUUGUCUCAUAAUUGCCUUUGUGGCAUCAACUAAAUACUUAAUCACUGUUGAACUGCACUGAUGCAGGAUGGAUUUGAGCUCAGAAAUCUCCUUUGUCAAGGCAAAUGGGUGGUUCUUAGGAUACAACUUACUGACUUUUGAGUUCUUUUGUCCGUUUGUUUCAUUUAGUUCAUUCUUAAACAUUAAGAUGUCUACUCAUCAUUUAGUGAUAUAGUUUCCUGAACUGUUUGGAUUAGAAGUGUUACAUGAAUGUCAGUAGUUAAUGAAAAAAUAUGUCCAGUGUCACGGAAUUAGGAACUUUGAGUUAGGCACAUUCCUAUAGCCUUUUUCUUAAAUGUAUCACCUUGUUUAAAACAACACUGAAUUAGUAAAUAUAUUCUUAAUGGUAAGGAAAUUAAGGCUUAACAGCUGGUAUUUGAACCUAUCUUUCAGAUCCAGGGUCCAUGCUGGAAACAAAAACAAGUGCUCUGGCAGUCCUGAUUACAUCAAACUUUAGCUUUUCUCCUUUUCCAAGGUUCCACAUUCCCUCAGGAGCCUUCCUCACCCCUUGCCUAAGAUGUUUUCAGUUGUAUUUCUCCAAAUUGCCACCAGAAGCUUUCUGAUCAAUAGGGAAAAGGUUUUUGUUUUUGUUUUUGUUUUUUGGUAAAUUCUGUCCUCCACAGUUUGUAUGGGAAUAAACUAUAUGAUUAGAUAUUGAUGAUUUAAGUUUUGAUUUGUUUAAAGAUGAAUAAUUUAAUCUAAAAAAAUACAUCAAAAAUUAUAUCUGCCUUUAUUUUAGAGUCUCCAGUUGUGAUACAGCUGUUGCACUUUAACCAGCUUGGUUAGUAACUUGGCUGAAACAAAAUGGUGUAUUUGUCUUGAGCUUUUUUUUUUUUUUAAGAUUUUAUUUGUCAGAGAGAGAGAGCAAGUGAGCACAAGCAAGGGGAACGGCAGGCAGAGGGAGAAGCAGGCUCCCUACUGAGCAAGGAGCCUGAUGCAGGAUUUGAUCCCAGAACCCUGGGAUCAUGACCUAAGCCAAAGGCAGACACCCAACUGACUGAGCCACUCAGGCAUCCUGAGCUUUUAUUUUUCUAAGGGAAGAAGUAGAGCCAAGUUUACUAGUUGAGUCCCGUUCUAUUUAAUCCACUGCUUAAAAACUUAUCAUGGAAAGACCUAAAAAAUAACAUUGGAUAUAACAGAUUUCUAUUAAUAGCAUUGAAGCAAAAUAUUACUUCUAUAAAACAGACUUCAAAGUCAACCUUAAAGGGAACAUUAAGGCACUUAAAUACAGUAAGUCCUGUAAAGAGUUUUUAAGUGUAGGAGCACCUGACUGGCUCAGUUGGAAGAGCAUACAACUCUUGAUCUUGGGGUUGUAAGUUUGAGGCCCAUGCUGGGUGUAGAGUACUUAAAUAAACUUAAAAAAAGAUAUAAGCAUAGUGCUAUGGGAGCCCAGAGGAGACGACCAAGGCUUCCAAGAUAGAGUUAAUUCAAGUCCAUGGAAUAUCAUAAGAUACAGGCUUAGAGAAUAGUACUUACUUGGGGGAAUGCAAAACCUGAACAGUUCUUUGUAACAAUAAUUUUGAAGAGAAUUCCCUCUAUGCCGUAUCCUAAGAAUUCCCUUUGUCUUUUUAUUAUAACUUUAGGACCAAGGUAAUUACAUAUCUUGCAUUUUCUCCAUCAGUUGAAUAUACUUUCCUCUUUACAAAUAACUCGUUAAUCCUGAGAAUACCUCAAUUUAUCAGGAGAAUUUUACCUCUAUGUUUGCUAGAAAUACAGUUCCCCAACUCCCUGCUGAUAGUGAUCAUCCACCAAUUAAUUAAUUGUGUCUUGUGUUGACUUUUCUCUCUUUUUUUUAAGAUUUUAUUUGAGAGAGAGCAUGAGAGCGGGGAGGGUCAGAGGGAGAAGCAGACUCCCCGCUGAGCAGGGAGCCCAAUGCAGGACUCAAUCCCAGGACUCUAGAAUCACGACCCAAGCUGAAGGCAGCCACACAACUGACUGAGCCACCCAGGUGCCUGACUUUUCUGUUUACUAGUCUGUUUAACUGGUGCCUGCCUGCGCUUUUAGCUUUGAGGAAAAUGGGAAAUUUUGUGUUGUUUUGAUUAUAUCCAGUACAGAACACAAAUACAAUCCCAAGUUCUGUAUAUUCAAAGGAGCUAGCUUUCUUUAAUUGCAUUUCUGUUUGGGUAGGACUCCUGCUUACUCUUCUCUUUGGGGCACUAUAAAAUGAUGAUUCCACAGGCUAUUUGGGGAAAAUUCUUAUUACUUAAUAGCCAUUUUUCAUAUACAUUCACAUAUAAUUCUUUAAAUAGAUAAUAUAUUCCCCAAAACCUUAGUUUUUGAAAAAUUCUAACUAUAUUUUUUUAAGAAAAUAGGCCAUUGCUGCCAAUUAAAAACUAAUAUUGACAAUGUUUGCUUAAUGGGAUCAAAGUUUAAUCACUUUUUUCUGAAAAAUAUCUAGAGGCAAGAAUAACUUGAUAAGUGAAUAUAUACAUACACACACGUCAGAAGUAAUGGAUUGCUUUAUAAAAUAAAAUAUUCCAAGAAGGAACAAAAGUAAUAUUUUUUAAAGCAAUUUAAAGUAUGCCAGUGACACAGCAAGAGUAGUUUUUUUAGUGCUAUUAUUGGAGGUAGUGCAAGUGGCCUCAGAAAAAAACAUGCAUACACAGCCAAAACAGAGGCUCUCUACUAAACAAUGAGGGCUAUAAACCCCAGUAUUUCUGUUGGUUACUUGUUUCUGAUUGUAACAAAGCUUUGGGCCUUGUAUUUUAUAAUCAAAUGUUGGAGGAGUGCUCACCACUGAUUGGUCUUCCCAUACCUUUCCUCCUUUGUUUCAGGCAGUUACUAGAAACACAUCUUCUAGGCCAUUGUUUAAACACAAAAACGUCUUAAAAAUAGAUUUUCUAAGUUAUGGAAAUGCUUUUGUUUCAGCAGUCAACAGAGCUAUUGUAAGUCAAUAUCAUAUGAAAAGUGGUUAGACAAUGCACUUCCUAUUCUCCAGUCAGCUAUGUUCUCCAGUCAGGGUACUCUGCCAUUUGCUACAUUUUUCACUGGAAAUGUUUUUUCUUAUCACUAGUAAUGUGACCAUUCUGAUUUCUCAAUGUUGUAUCAAAAAUGUAGAAUUGUCUACAAUACGAAUAUGUUUGCUUAGUUGUUUGAUUAAUGCUCUUAACAUGUACUGGGACUUCCAGAAAUCACCUUAGAACCUGUCUCUGAGCAAACACAUGCCUAAAUCAUUUAUAACAGUUUCGAACUAUUUUAAAAUGUGAGUUUCGGGGCACCUGGGUGGCUCAGUCAUUAAGCGUCUGCCUUCGGCUCAGGUCAUGAUCCCAGGGUCCUGGGAUCGAGCCCUGCAUCGGGCUCCCUGCUCAGCAGGAAGCCUGUUUCUCCCUCUCCCACUCCCCCUGCUUGUGAUCCCUCUCUCGCUGUGUCUCUCUCUGUCAAAUAAAUAAAUAAAAAUCUUAAAAAAAAAAAAAGGUUGGGAGUUUCCAUGGUCUUCCUUAAAAACCUAUAUAGCAUAUCUCAUUAUGUUAGUUUCAUAAUCAUCUUCUAUAAUCAUUUUAAAGUGCUUAUUUGUCAGUGGUUUCUUCACUAUAACACCUAAAGCACUAGUUAAAAUAUAGGUAAGUUGGACUUAAAACUAAAAACUUCUAUGCUUCAGAGAGCACCACCAAGGAAGUGAAAAGAUAAUCCACAGAAUGGGAGGGAAAGCUUUGCAAAUCCUCUAACAAGAGUCUAGUAUCCAGAACAUAUAAAGAACUCUUAGAACUCAACAAUGAAAAGACAAUUAAAAUUGGGCAAAGGAUUUAAAUAUACUUUUCUCCAAAGAGAGAAAUUUGUACAUAUACAAAUGGCUAAUAUACACACGAAAAGAUGUUCAACAUCAUUAGUCAUUAGGGAAAUGCAAAGUCACAGUGAGAUACCACAUAUAUCCACUGGAAUGGCUAUGAUCAAAAAGAUAAUAACGGGGCACCUGAGUGGCUCAGUUGGUUAAGUGUCUGACUCAUGAUCUCAGCUCAGGUCUUAAUCUCAGGGUGUUGAGUUCAAGCCCCUAAUGGAGCUCCAAACUGGGGCGUUGAGCCUACUUUAAAAAAAAAGACAAUAAUAAGUGCUGUAGAGGAUGUGUAGAAAUUAGAACCUUUGUACGUUACUAGUGAGAAUUAGUACAGCUGUUUUGGAUGACAGUUUGGCCGUUUCUCAAAAAGUUAAUUAUGGUAUGAUCUAGCACUUCCACUCCUGGAUAUGAAAAAAUUAAAAACGGUCAUACACGGGCACCUGGCUGGCUCAGUGU